UGUCAGUGUCAGGCCGCACAACCAGAUGAGACGGCAUCAGUACGCAGUUCCUCGGUACACGAGACUUCGGUGCAAGAGCUGGCUCCAGUAGAUGGCGGAUGGAAGGCGUGGCGAUUUUGCGCAGCCGGUCUUGUACUCGAAGCUAUGAUAUGGGGAUUUGGAUUCAGUUAUGGUAUCUUCCAGGACUAUUACACGUCCAAUCCGCCUUUUGAGCACGAGUCCGUUGUCUCCAUCGCAGCAGUGGGAACCACAGCAAUGGCGAUACAGUUCGGGGAGACGAUUUUCUUAUCACUGUUCUUCGAGCGCUAUCCGGACUGGCUAAAGGCAAGCGCCUGGGUUGGCUUGCUGAUCGCAUUUGCCUCUCUCCUGUUGGCGAGCUUUGCUACUAAGCUAUGGCACCUCAUUGUCCUACAGGGCAUGUGCUUCGGUAUUAGCGGAGGCCUCCUCUACUACCCCGUCAUUGUCUGGCUUCCGCAAUGGUUCGUUCGCCGGCGCGGCCUUGCCUCAGGCAUCAUCUUUUCAGGCUCUGGCGUCGGUGGCUUCGCAUUCCCGUUCAUGCUGCAAACAAUGCUAGAGAAAUAUGGGUUCCGUUGGACGUUGCGUAUCUGGUCAUUCUUCACGCUCGUGACCGUCGGUGUAGCAGUACUCGGGAUGACAUCCCGUCUGCCCGUGCCCAAAUUCCGACGUGGGCAGAGGCCACGAUUCAUCCCUCCGCAGAUGCAUUUCCUCAGAACACCUAUGUUCUGGGCAUUUGGCAUCACAACCGCUCUGCAAGCACUCUCGUACAACUCCGUCUCGCUGUACAUCGCCACCUACACCAAGGUCAUCUCCACGGCGUUCUCAGCGUCCGUGGUGCUCGCGCUCUUCAACUCCUCCGGCGUCGUCUUCCAGGUGCUCACCGGGCACCUGUGCGACCGGAUCCCGUACACGUGGGUCAUGUUCGUUAGCACGUUCGCCGGCGGCCUGUCUGUCUUCCUGCUGUGGGGCUUUGCGCGUACCCUCCCUCUCGUCUUUGUGUUUUCCGUCGUCUUCGGUGGCCUGAUGGGUGGCUAUAAUUCUGUGGGGCCUCUCGCGAUCGCAGACUGUGCGGGUAGCAAGCCCGAGCAGUCGAGUAUCAUCUGGGCGCUCUCUUUCGUCUUCAGGGGCAUCGCGUCAGUAGUCGGACCAGUGGUAUCCGGUACCCUCUAUGAUCUGGGGAAAGCAUCGCCGCAUGCGUCCGAGCUGAGCUAUGGGGCGUACGGAUUCCAGGCGCUGGAAAUAUUCGUCGGGGUCUGUGCGGUGGCGACUAGCCUGUCCAGCAUUGUGGUUGCGGCCACGAGGGGGAGGGUGCAGGUUCCGCCGUGACGUGGUGGAUGCGUCACGCAUUAUCGGUAGGAUAGUUGAUAUGAUUUGCCGCCUUCGUGCGGUGUAGUGGCUUUCGGCAUAGAGGAAUAAUGAGACAAGGUGAGGAUUGAUUAAUGCAUGCGUAGGAGCAAGCUAGCGACUUCCUGU